UUAUUCAAUUAGAUCGACAGUUUUUGAAAUAAGACAUUGCUAGUUUUUAAAGUCAACUGAAAACUAAGCGAAAAGUCGGGAAAGAAACUAUUUUAAUACAUAUAUUUAAUGCGCAUUUUUUGUCUUGUUCUGUAUUAUUUUAAUUUGCAUAGUCUACAAAAUAAACUGAUCCGAUAAUACAAGCUGAGUGGUUAUAAAUUUGUCACAGGUGAUUAUAUUAUUUUUCCUCAUUAGUGUGAUGAGAUUGAAUGUAAAAUCAAUGAUAACAAAAUCAUUCAUUACGACAGAUUUUAGUUGAAAAUAUAAUUUGAUUACAUUGCGGGCGGCCGCACAAAUAUGACGCUAACCAGUUUUAAUUGCCCAGUGAUUAAUGAGCCAGUACGAUACGCAUAAUAAUAUCAGUUAAAAACGCAAUCUGAAACACGCUGUAAGCUACCAAUAACACAAAUUACCUACAUUACAUUUGGAACUAAUUACUCUUUACUUUCAUUCAAUCAAACAUUAAUUUUUAGACACUAAUGUUUCGAAAAUUAUUUAUCGAUAUGAAAAUAGGGCUGUAGACAUGUUAAAUUAUUCCGAGUUCUAACGCUGACGAGUAACUCAUAUCUAUUGAUCUGACAAAUCAAAGUCACCUUGCUUGUCAAAAACAAAUGUCAUUCCUAUACAUUUGAAGUUUAUUUUUCUAUUCUAAAUGUGACAUUGUCAAACUAAUUUGUGGAGAGACGUCAUCAAACGCAUUCCGUUUUUAGCGAUACAAAACAAUUAAGUGGUAAUUUUAAUUGCGUUAUAAAGUAUCUGAUUCUAUUGAAAUACGUUGGUGUUCGUUAACACGACAACAUUAAAGCGAUAAAGCUAUAAAUACUCGCCUCAGAAGAUCUGUACAGCUUUAUGCGGGUACAAAGUGAUCACGUUACUUAUAGGAACUUAAUAAUUAAUUUCGGAGAUAACAAGAUCCUUCAUAUUUACUUUGAUCAUAAAUGUAUAAGAUGAGUUAUGUUAAGAAAAUUACUGAGUUUUAAUUUAUACAUAUUGUGGCUCCAUUACCGCUUAACACGUGUAUAGGGUACAUUAAGGAUAAUGAUUUGUGACUUUAUUAUCAUUCUUUUCUUUAAAUAAAUUUGUUGCGAAUAUUGUUUUCUCCUUUUAUAUUUUGCUUACAACAGCACCACUGAAAAUGUUCACAGUUUAAUAUCCCUGAACUUUAAAGUUCAAAGUUUUUACCCCGUCGCGCAUCGUUGAAUCAGUUCGCCAUUUGUAUCAUUUGUGCAGCCUUCGUGAGCAUUAGCAGCCGACAAAGAUGUUAACAGUUCUUCGUACGAUUUUAUUUUUCAUACAUUUAACUUCAACCAUGAGUGAAAAUCCACUACUAAUGACAACUGGAAAUUCUGGCCAGAUAACAAAAACAGCUGAGUGCGUUUUAAAACUCUCCGCUAAAUACUUCGUUGAGAAAAAGGCAUUAAGUGGCAGCAUCGUGAUAAUCAAUAUCAACUCUUAUACUUCUACAACACAAGGACUAUUAUUGCAAACCAUACACAGUGGUAUCAAAUAUUCUAUUAUGGUAAAAGAUUCUUUUUACCCGCAUGCAAAUGCUUCGCAUUUUCCUGAGAAAGCGAAAAAUUAUAUGUUGAUUUUGGAAGAGAAAUCUGAACUAGAGAGGAAUAUAUUACAAUUGAACAAAUUACCCACUUGGAACCCUCUCGCCAAGGCUAUAGUGUUCUAUCAGUUGAAACAAGACGAAACGGACGUAGAAACCGCGAAGGAGUUUAUAAACAAACUUCGAAAUUAUAAACUUUUUAAAUCCAUUAUUUUCAUUUACGACGACUAUAAUGAUGUGGUGAUUUCUUUUACAUGGAGGCCGUAUAGUCAAACGAACUGUGGAGGUCUAUGUGACUCAGUUUUCGUCUUGGAUAGAUGUACUAAUAAUACGAUAUAUGAGUUUGAAAAACAGCACGAUAUGUUUCCCUCGGACAUGAAAGGCUGCCCCUUAGUAGCUUACGCUGUUGUGUCUGAGCCCUACGUGAUGCCUCCAAAGAAGCAAUUAACGAAUUCUUCAUUUGAUGAUGCCUUUGAGUUUGCUUACGGUGGUGAAAUAAACCUCGUCAAAAUUAUUAGCCACUUCACAAAUAUGUCGUUGAUAAUUAGAACAUCAGAUGUUUUAGAAAAUUGGGGCGUCGUUUAUCCUAAUGGUACUGCGACGGGCGCUUAUAAGGUAUUGAGGAAUGACUCCGCUGACCUAGUUAUUGGGAAUGUCGAAGUUACAAGAAUUCUGCGUAAAUGGUUUCAUCCAACAGUAAAUUAUUUACAAGAUGAAAUGACGAUCUGCGUGCCGAAAGCGGGCCAAGCCGCCACUUGGGAUAACUUAGUUAUCAUAUUUCAAUGGUCAACGUGGGUCGCUACAUUAUUUAGCCUCAUAGUGAUGGGACUAGUAUUCCACUAUUUUUACUAUAGAGAACACAGGAAUGCAACAAAAUGGCCGACUAACUCUCUUCUCAUGACGUUGAGCAUGUUACUAGGUUGGGGCGCUGCCUUUGAACCGAAAAGCCCUACAUUCCGAAUCCUAAUAUUUGCCUGGCUCUGUUUCAGUAUAAACAUGGGGAUAUCAUACGAAUCGUUUCUCAGAAGUUUCUUAAUGCAUCCGCGAUUUGAAAAGCAGAUAAGUACUGAGGCGGAUCUUAUACAGUCUGGAAUUCAGUUGGGAGGUAGAGAGAUUUAUCGGUCUUAUUUUGAGACUAAUAACGCGAGUUCGUUUUAUUUAUAUCGCAAGUACAAUCCAACAACGUUUUCCGAGGGAGUGAGGCGGGCGGCACUGGAGAGAAACUUCGCGGUCAUUUCUUCGAGACGUCAAGCUGUCUACCAGGACCAGAAAUUGGGUAAAGGGGCCCCAUUGAUUUACUGUUUUCCUGAAAGUAAUAAUAUGUAUAAGUACGGGGUGGCUCUGCUGGCGAGGCGCUGGUUCCCGAUGUUGGAUCGUUUUAAUAACAUUAUACGUAGUGUGUCGGAGAAUGGAUUGAUUGAUAAAUGGAUGAAUGAGCUGCUGAUACAUGCUUCAAGUGUUGAAGGUGCUAGUACGAUAGAGCCGCUCGGCAUCCAACACUUGCUCGGUGCCUUCAUGUUUAUAGGUUUUAUGUAUGGAGCCAGCAUUCUAAUCUUCAUAGGUGAGGUAGCUAUAGGCUUUAUCGGAAAACGGUCGCACCAAAAAAAGGCAAACCACGAGAGUUUGUAAAACGAAAAGUUCAAAUUCAUGUUACUAAUAGUUUAAAAUUAUGGUAUUUUAUUUGAAUAAUAUAUUAAAUAGUUUGUAGUCCGGAGAAAUGGAGCGGAGGGACUUCGAUAAUUAUGAAUAUUAAAUUGUAUUGAUAUGCAGUUUGUUAAUUAAUUAGUAAUGCAGUGGUAAAUAUUGUUUGUUAUGAAUCUGUGCACAUCAGCCGGCGGCCAUCGCGCUAUUUGUGGACAUUAAAGAUUAACUAAAUAUAUUGCCAAUGAUCGGCGUAUCAUUACAAGCGAUGCAAUCGAGCCUUUAUUUCUGGCCAAGCACAAUUUUAUGCACUUUAAUAUUUAUUUUAAUGUCUAAACCUUGCACUAGUUACCUUUAAUUCAUAUCACAGCUUAGCAUCUAGCAACGAAACAGUUCGACUCGCGAUCCCGCCGCGUCUG